AACUGUUUAUUUUUUACAGCUGCAGAUCCUUAUUGCAUUGUGAAAUGUGAAGGAGAAAGAAUAAGAACCCCAAUCUGUCACGACACACUGGAUCCUAUAUGGAAUGUCAGUGCAAUCUUUUAUCGGAAAAGUGUGGAUUCGCCAAUUAAAAUUCAGGUUUGGAACAGCAACAUUAUUAUGGACACUUAUUUAGGUAAAGGUGCAUUAACAGUUCCAAUUACCACAGAACCAGUCAUUCAUGAAAUUGAAUUAUUUGGAAGGAAAGGUGAAGGAGGAGUAAAAAAGCCAGGAACUCUUGUAGUAGAAGUCAUCACAUCUGAUGAUCUCAUGACUUUUUAAUUUUCAUAUAUAUAAAAAUGUACUAUGAAUAGCUUUAAUGUUUGUAUCUUUGGGACCAAAAACUGCUGUGAUUUUUUUAUAAAUCUAUAAUUUUUUUCUAACUAACUUAAUAUUGAAUAGUUACAUAAUUCAAGAUACCUCAUGUAGAAAUAGUAAUUAUAUAAAAAUAUUGAACACUUUUGAUCUUACAUUUUUAAUGAACAUAUUUUGGAAUCUCAAAUAAGACAACUCUAAAUCAUUCAAUCAUAUAAUAUUUUUUGAUAUCAAUAUUUUUACAUUUGGAUUUUGCUAUGUAAUGUUUUUGAAUUAUAUACGAU